UCUCUCCCCCCCCCCCCCCAAAUUCUCCCGCGGACCCUAGUUUCCCCCCGUUUCAACAGUUUCCUUUCCUCCGGAAAAUCAGUCACAUCGGUUAAGAUUUCUCGAUGGGAAAGUGGAACAAUCGAUCCAGGUUCCAACGCCGCAGAUCUCCUUUGCGAUGGUAUAGCGACCGACAUUCUUCUUCCUCUUCUGGUUAUUAUGGUGGAGACGAUGGGAUUCCAGUGUGGGAGAAGCAAUUCUGUGAGGUGAUUGGAUCAGUGCCAUGGCAAAAAGUUGUGGAAGCUGCUGACUUUAAGAGCUGGUACCAAGGUAACGUAAUCACUUGGGAUGAUUCUGCUUGCGCUGAAACUUUUCACAAUGAAAAAAGGCGAUUUUGGUCACAAGUUAAUGGUCUCCACUGUGAUAUCUCUCUUCCUGAUCCGGAUCUUUACAUCAGUGAAGUUGAUUGGGACACUUCCAUUGACCCGGAACUGAUCAGGGAUUUGGAACGGGCUUACUUUGCUCCUCCUGAUGAGGUAAUGAUUGGUUCGAAACGGGGUCGUCGUGACAUGAACUGGAGUGGUUGUAGUAACCUAGUGCCCAUUGAAGAGACCCGUAUGUUAAUGACUCCAUGGGAAGGCAGUGACAAAGUCCAUGAUGAGUCAAAAGAUAGGGAGAGUGCUUGGGAAGCUAAGCCUAGUUAUGGAAACGAGAAAGCAAAUGAUACGACAUCUGAGGAUUGCUUGAGAACUGAGGAAUGGAGGGAGAGCCAAUGGAAAACCAAAGAAAGGGACGAUGGAUGGGAUAAGUCAGGACACCAAAACAAGAAGGCGAAAGGUUCUGAAAGUGGUCCAGCGAGAGAGUAUGAAGUGGUCGACAAUCCUUGGGAAGCUAAGCCUAGUGGUAGAAAGGAGACAGCAGAAGAUAACACUUGGGGAGGUUGCUCUGGUAAAGAGUGGGAGGAUAGAGGUUGGGGAAGUGGUGGAUGGGAAAAGCGGGACUUGGGGAAUCAAGUUGUGGAGAUGAAGGAGUGGCGUAGUACGAGAUAUGGUCAGGAUUAUAAGGAGCCAAAGAGUUAUAAUCCAUGGAAAGGUGGCUUUGUGCCUGAGAAUACAGCUUUGAGAGAUUAUGGUGCAAAUGCAGGCGGUUGGCAAACACGUAGAGCGAGUGAGACGAAUGGAAGAAACUGGGAUGCGAAACGAUCGAGUGAUGGUUGGGGUAGGAGAAAUAGAGAAAGAGAUGACUCGUGUGGCUACAAUUCUAACUACAGAAGCUCAAGGCCUAUAAGAGAUGGUUAUCAGAACAGGAAGGUCAAUUACUCAUCUAAGUAGUUCAUAUGAUCCAUACUUUUUUGGGAAUGUCUUUUUGUGUUGGUUUUAAGCUUUCAAAAGUAAGGUUUUUGUUUCUCCUUCAAAAUCAAAAACUGUAAGUGUAUAUACUAAUAGUUUACAUGUUACCCUUUUUAGAUGAUGAAGUUUCAUACUAGGGCUGGAUUGAUACUAUGAUAUUGUUUCUUUCUGAAGAGACCUCCACUGUAAAGCAUGAAGCCAGCACCGACAUUGUUGGGAGAAGCUUGCAAGCAUUUGACCGGACCUUCAUGCCCUUGAAUGACUCCAAAUUUAGAGAGCAUACCAGUGGCUUCUCUCUUCCACAACCCAAUACUCUUAUCAGCAGAUCCACUGCACACCAUUUCCCCAACCACACACAUACACAGAACUGCCAUCUUAUGACCUCUCAUCUCAAACCCUAAUCUCCAUUCCUCAAAGUCUCUUCCUUUCUCUUUCUUCUCCCAUCCCAUCACAAACCCAUCUGAUCCUCCUCCAUAUACCCACUUCCCGUCGCCGGAAACCACCACCGAGUUCACUGAAACUUCCGCACGACCCUCCAAUGUCGCCUUCAGAACAUGUAAACUAGAAGAAGAAGACGAAGAAGACAAAGAUGAAUCAAUCUGCUUUCUCUUCUCUUUCCCCCAUAUCUUGAUUUUCCCGUCCGCAGACGCGGAGUAUACUCUGCCUUCUCCGGCGACAAGGCCGUUGAUUGCGUCGUCGUGAGCCUUGAUCGACUCAAGACACUUGAGAUCCGACAAUCUCCAGACUUUAAGUGUCUUAUCCCACGACCCGGAGUAGAUGAUCCCAGCGUGGACCGCAAGGCACGAAAUGCUGUCUGCGUGUUCGAUCCACAGACGCUUGUGAUUCCUCCUCGUCUGAACGUAAUUACUCUGUUUCAUAAACUUCCCCAAGUAAUCUUUGGUCGUCGGGAGCGUAUCGACAAGCCUGAAAGCGUUCUCCGAGCUUCUCCGAGAUACUUUCCAGACUCUGAUUCUACUAUCUUGAUGCGCCGUGAACACUUUGCUUCCCACGCUAACCAGAGCCUUCACGGACCCAUCGCCUUGUCCGAAUUUCGCGAAGAUCUUUAGAUCUGGCUGUUGCCAGACGAUGAUGUCUUUUCCCUGAGACGCGCUCAGCAAGAACUCGCCACAUAGCGCUAAGGAAGAAACGGAGCCGACGUGCGCGGAGAGUACGGCGAGUGGUUUGUACGCGCCGGUGAUCGGCGGACGGAGAGUGCUCAGGACGAAGCUUUUCGUAGAGGCGGAUGGGCUGAGCGAAUCGUCGGAGUCGGUUGCGUUGGUAGUGGUUGUGGAGGAAGAAGGUGAAGACAUCAUCAAGACUCCUUCUUGGAUUGAUCUCACCAUCGCAUCAAGAGAUUCAAGACUUUCUUUCUUUUUUUUUGGGUACAGAGAAG